AUGACCUUUCCCGCCUCACAAGAUCUGCUCACCAGCCCCAUCGAUCCGCAAUCCAUGCCCCAGCCUGUCGUUCAUGCCUUUCCCUCACGACUCACUGGCACUACUACUUACAUCGUCCUCGAUCCCGUUACGGAGGAAGCCGCGGUCAUCAACCCCAUCCUCGAUCUCGACCCACUCACCAACGAGAUCCGCACUAGGUCCGCCGACCGGCUCCUCAAGUUCAUCAACGAUGAAGGCCUCACCAUCAAGUGGAUCCUAGAGACCACGCUCCACCAUGAUCGCAUCUCCGCCUGCCGCUACCUCCAGCUAAUGCUCAAGCACAUCGGCGACGGCGUCGUGCCCAAAGUCUGCAUUGGUGAGAACAGCUUCUGCACGUGUGGCGACGACCCUGUCGAAGAAGCAGUCAACCAGCCGCCCGCGCCCCCAAGGCCCAAGAGACCCGAAGCUUUCGACAGACUCUUCGACGACGGCGAGCAGCUCCGUAUCGGCAACAUGAUCGCCAAAUGUGACCACCUAGACGAGCACGAGGGCGUCACCUACCGUGUCGCACAGCUAGUCUUCUCCAGCGGCCGACUCGCCCGCUCAGACGACAAGGAUCCUCUACAGGGCCUCAUAACCCACCCUGAGCCCGCGCCGGACAAGACCUCCCCCGUUUCGUCACGGCAGAAGCCUUCGAUCGACGAGGUAUUAGGCUCCGCGGACAAACUAUCUCUUGACAGCAGCCCGACCGAGAGCAGCAGUAGCGGGAGCAGUAACCCCGCCGAGCAGAAACCAGUGCAAGUGUCGCCGAUGCUGGCGUUUUAUGCUGAGCAGGUCAACACGCGCGGCGGACGGAUACCACGCAAAAUCAACAUGCCGGCAGCGCAGCGGCCGACGUCGUGGACCCAGGGUGGACAGCCGGAGCACGAGAAUGCGCCAGGGGCGGCCGACGCUGCCAACAGUGGGAAUGGGAAGGGCAAGGAGAAGGAGCGUGAGAGGAGCGCGUCGAUAUCCGCGCCUAUGCCGCUGAGGAUCCCGCGGAAGUUGGGCGUCAUCAUGUGCUAG